AUGCAUCAAUCACUACGUUCAUUGUUGUACUCGGCGGCCGUUGUGGCCCCAGCCUUGGCGAUGCCUCAGGGCUUUCCGCAGGACGCCAGAUUCGGACAGCACAGUCAUGCUGGCCAUCACUGUGGUGGUUCUUCGGUUGCAUCUGUGCCAUCUCAAGCAGCUACAUCGGCCCAAGUGUCUGUACCCUCUCAGGUGACUACCUCAUCGGCUGUUUCUACACCAUCCCAAGUGGCCACUGAGGUACCCUCAGUAAGCACUGUUGUUAGUGAGGCUAUCACCAGUCUCACUUCUACCGCCAGCAAUGUCGUAUCUUCAACUACUGCCGAUGCCACGAGCGAAAUUGCAACGUCGUCUGUCGUGUCCAGCCCGUCUAGCUCGUCCAUCUCCGCCAGUGCUUCUGCUCCCGCUGGUACUGUGGUCGCGGCCGAGGCGCUCACGGCAUCCUACUGCGGCGAGCCCAACUCGUACAAGAUCCUGAGCGGAACCCCCUGGAUCGUCUACUCGAUGAACUACAACUACCAGUCCAUCAGCGGGUCCUGCUGCACGGGCUACUACACGACCACAGGCUCGGACGACGACCAGGUCGUGCACUGGAGCAGCAUCUGGGACAUUGACGAGGCCGUCGACACCGACGUGGUCAAGGGCUACUCGUUCAUCGGGCUGACGCAGAACCUCGAGACUACGCUCGACAGCAUCUCGUCCAUACCCUCGACGUACACGUGGUCCAUUAGCAACACGACGGCGUACAAGGGCAACGUCGUCUACGACUUCAUGACCUCGGACACCAAGGGCGACUCCACCUCGUCGGAUGCGCAGGAGUUGAUGCUCUGGCUGCAGUGGGAGGGCGGCCAGGUGCCCAUUGGCUGGGCUGAGGGUGCCGUCGCCACCAUUGACGGCCUGUUUGGCAAGGAUGGCUGGCAGCUGUACCAGGGCAAGAACGAUGACACUGGCAUCACUGUGUCUUCGCUGCUCGCACCUGCAGACAGCAUGUUUGACGGCACGUUUGAGGGCGACAUCAAGGACUGGCUGCUGGCAAUGUCCGAGCAGGGCAUCUUCUCCACCUCCACCUAUGUCAACGUCGGCAAUGCUGGUAUGGAACCAUACUGGGGCACUGUGACCUUUGACAACAACCUGAGCCUCAGGAUUGAUCUUUAA